AUGGCGGUCCAUUUAUCUGAGGAAAACGGAGCUAUUUUACAUCUCUCCGAUGUAGAGAAAAACUCCAAAGAAUUAAAUGAACGUGGAAAAGAUGCGUUGAAACCUCCAACCGCAGCUUCCAAGAUCGAAAUAUUGUGCAAAACGCUGGCGUUCCUCGUUGUUCUUUGUUUGUUUUGUAUCCAUCUCGCGCGAGUUCUUCGCGAAGGUACGGUACCGGCUUGCUAUUUUAUUAGAUUUUCUGUGAGUCAAACGCUGCUGCUGGUUUACAUAAUUAUUAAGUGUUUUUUUUUUUCAUUUUAUCUUUUGGUAUCGCGAUAUUCUGGAAUUCGCUGUUCAUUGUUUUGGACACGUGUCGAUCGCGAUCGAAGAUUGCCCUAAAAAGCAAUUAAGCUUAUGUAUGAGACUUUCAGUUAAAUUGCUUACAUAUAAUGACUGUUCUAAGUAUUUAGAAAAACGCUAGCUUAAAAACAUAAGUCAAUUUUUUAAAAAAAUGUUACUCCGGAAUAUUAUUUCAGUUGAUAUAUGUUUAGUUAGUAAUACUACGUUAUACAUUGACGUGUACUUGACAUUAAGCUUCAAAAAAAAAUUAUGUUUUAUGAAGGAACAUAACGUUCACUUCAUUUGGGCAAUUUGUACCAGUGGUAUAAAUAUCUUUUGUUAGGAGGUUGCUCUUUUCCUUUCUUAUCUUUUUGUAAGCAGCAAAAAUUUUCUGUAUUUCUUUGCCAAAUGCUUUUUACCAGGAAAAAUCUCAUUCCAAACAAAGGCUAAAAGUACUUGUUCAAUGACAUAAAUAUUUAUUUGGGCCUUAUAGGUACAUGUGUGUUUAGUUGGUGAGCGGUGGGGGGAGGGGGCUCGGUUGGGUCCAAAUUCCGUUAACCUUUACCCCUGUUUUGAACAUUUAAACCCUCCAAGUCAAUUUUAAGGUCCACUUAAAAAUGUCUCAUGCCCCCUCUAUUACUUUUUUCAGGGUUUUCACUAAGAAUUCUAGUAGUAUACCUGCCAAGUGUCAUGCCUGCAGAUCGAAAACUUGGAUCUCACGCCUACUCACGCCUGUGUUCUGAUUUGUCAUGCCUGGUAGAAAAGUUUGAGCCAUUGCAGCAUUAACUGACACAUUUUGAAAAAUUUGUUAAUUAUUUACACCAAAGAGAGAAAAGAAAAGUCUAUUUGGGUGAUCGACUUUCUCCGAAUUCUCUUUUUUUAGUAGGAAAGUUAAUGUUCCUUUGUGUUCCUGUGUUCGUGUUAGACGGAACUCUUCGUAACAUCUUCGAAAGUCUUGAGAACGUUUUCGAACAUCUUCGGAUAUAAUCGGACCCCUAUGAAAAAUCUUGGCACUCUUAAGAUAAAAAAUGUCAUGUCUAUAAAUGUAAAAAGGUUGGCAGGUAUAUAGUAGUGGGUGAAAGAAUGUAACUUUACAGGAGAAUAUUGUGAAAGAGGCUCCAUGUCUGAGUAGAAAAUAGUCAUAGGCUAUCGCACAUUAGCCAGAGAAUUCUUUCUAGUAAAUGGAGAAUACUCCGUUGCGUAACGAACAGCCUGUUUUUUUAAGGAAUGUCUUUUGAGGCUCAUGCCAAAGUACAUCAUUUUAUUCAAACAGGUUCUGAUAACUGUCCCAGUAUGUUUCAUUCUGGACGUUGGAGAGGAAGUUUCUGGCAGCCCCAUGGGUGUAUGCUGCAUUCAUAUAUAUCAAGGUUUGUACACUACAAUACAUUAAUUUGUGCUCAACAGUAAUUAUACAACAAAAUGUGGACUUAAACUGGUUUUCACUAGUGACAGAGUGUGGAGUCAAAAUCAUAAGUGGAGUUGUAAGAGCGCUUAUAUCCUUGUGAAAAUCAAAUAUCGGUGUCAUAAGCAGAGUCAUAGGCUUGACAGAGUCGGAGUCGGAGUCGGAAGAAAUAGAACUUUUCCAUUUUCUUCUGAUUCCGCUUAUGACUCGGUCAUUUAGUGAAACUAGUGACAACCAGAUUGUUGAAGUCAGAAGCAGAAGGGGAAGGAUAAAGCAAUCACAAUGCAUGUUCUUAUGCUUUGAGAUUGAUGUAGUUCUUUGGCUUCUGCUUGCGACUCUGACGACUCUGACGACCCAGUUGUCACUCAAUCGUAAACGACAGAGUUGUGUGGGAAUCAAAACGCUGUUUUCAUGAGAUUGUUAAGUCUUAUGCUUAUGAUUUCAAAUCUUGUGAGAACCAUCCUUUAAUCAGCUAGGUUGUUUAUAUUGUUAUCAACAUUACGAAAGCAACUUAAUGUCUUUUCAUUGCUGCAGUGAAUUGAAAACAUGUUUACAGAAUCAUCCUGUUGCAUUUGUUGGUGAUUCAAGAACCAGAGGGUUGUACUAUGAAUUGGUGGAAGCAGUCAGCUUAAAUUCUGUCAAAGACAGUGGAAAUGCUGUAAGAUGAAGACAUACAUGUAAUAAACAUCACUGUUUGUUGAUUAACCCUCUAAGUCCCAAUAGUGACCAACAUCAAUUUUCUCCUAACAACAUCAGCAGAUCAUCAAGAGUAAAGGUUAUGAGAAUUACUAAAUUGAUGACCAAAGGGAGAAUUCUUUGAUCUUAAAGCAAAUUCUCUCAACUAUUCUUAAAAGAAAUGUAUGGAGAUCAUUCUGGAGAAAUUGUAUGUGGAUCUUUGGGCUUAAAAGGUUAAGAGACUAUAUCAUGAUGAUAUUGCUAUAAUUAUUAUAAUUAUUUUAGGUCAAUUCUGUCAUAACUUAGUGCCUUUACCUAAAUACAAAUAGGCCUUUUGCAAUAGUUGGUUACCCAUUUUAGGGCUCAAAUUACCUGCCAUAAAUAAAUAAAUUAAUUAAAAGGAGAUUUGAGGAAGGUAGUGCUUUAAGGAAAUAUUUUUCGACAGUUUGAACAUUUCGAAAUUUACAAGGAUUUGUAUGAAAAACCAUUUCAGCAUGACUGAGCGGCAAGACUUGUUUUCCCCAUACAAAUCCUUUUAUUUUCCGGCGCCCUUUGCAAUCGCUUCUUUUGAGAUAUAAGGCUGAAACUUACAUGUUACCUAAUUUACUAUGCUCUUUAAACCCGUGAUAACAAAAUUUUCAAAAGCGAACUGUUUUCAUGUUUACAGAAAGUUGAUCACGUGAUCAACUAC